CGAGGAAGCUCGCGAUACAUCGAGCUACGGCAUGUGGCAACGUUCCGAAUCGAAUAAGAUCGUCGUUUGGUUCUCCACAAGCGCGAAACGACGAGUCCCGCGUUUCGAAUCUAAACGCCCCCGUGUCCCCGACUCGCGAAAGGCGCCACCUUCGAACUCUGAAUCUUUCCGCAACCGUCAGAUUCGGAAAUCGUCUGUCGUAUCGCGCGCGCCGCGUCGAGCCACGUAACCGUCACGAUUCGGAGCCGAGAUUUCCCUUUAGAGCGCGAUUUCGACGUAAGGGUACUUCUUCGCCGAACUGUUUCGCGCGGUGGUCGUUCGGGGGUCGCGCGGAGGUCGCGCGGAGGUCGUGCGGAGGUCGUGCGGAGGCCGUGCGGAGGCCGCGCAAAUGGGGGCGCGUUCCAAGUAGACGUCGAGCGCGUUUCGAUGCUCCGCACGUUCGGUCCGUCUCGCGAUUCGAACGUGACCGACAGUUUCGGUGCAUCAUCGAUCAUCGUCCGGAGGUUUUCCGCGACCCUUGUUCUCGAGGGAAGCCGCUUCGACGAAUCGACGCGUAAUCGAUCGACCUUGAACACGACCGCGAUUCGAGAAGGACGAGGGAAGGAUGAAACUGGGGGACCGAUAACGAACGAGAUCGAUCGUUUUUCGCGGCGGAACGCGCACCGCUGCUCGAUCGCGAUCAACGAAGCGGCGCGAGUUACGAUGAAACGGACGAGUUAACGACGCCUCGCGUUACGACUGUCGCGUACGCGUUUCAUUGUUUUUGGCCUCGCGAUCGUGCUUCGGUCGUUGUCAUUGUGUUCAAUGCUAAAUACUCGUUGCACACCAUCCCGUAUCUAUCUCUGUAUCGAUAUCUACAUCAAUAUCUAUAUCUGUAUCUAUACCUAUAUCUGUAUCCACAUCUGCACUGUAUCCAUGUGUACAUGUAUUCGUAUAUGCACAUGUACCUGAAUACGUACAUGGACACGUGCACGUGCACGUACACGUACACGUACACGUACACGUACACGUCCACGUACACGUACAUGUACGCACACGCUCUUUGAAGCAGUUUUCAAACAAUCGAUCCUAAUGGUAUUAUUACGCGUUCGAGGAUAAUCAAAUUGAGGGGGAGAGAGGGAGAAAGAGCGGCGAUUGUUGGAAAACUUGUGGAUCAAGCGAAAGAAACAUUCGAGGGGCACGAUCCUUCGGAGUUAUCGGUUGAACGGACUCGACCGAGAGUCGUCGCGGCGGAGAGGCAGAUCCGAUCAGCCGAGAACCAGAGAAAUCGAGAGUAGGUCCGUCGAGAUCGCCCGUCGGCGAAGAAACAGCUCCCUCGUUAUGUAUUUCGUACUUCCUAUACAUCGUUACACUGUUAACCGCGCACCCGUCCCAACUCGUACUCGUGUUCGUUCCUUCAACGAUAAUGUCGAACGUUGCGCCUCGAUGACCCUUCGAAAGUACGCUUAAGUGUUUUCUCGAUGCUCAAUUACAACACGCAAGUACAAAGAUCCGCGAAAGCAAAAUCUAUUUUCUCCUAAUCGCGUGAAUCCAACACUAAUAUACUCCGUCGACUCUAACGACUCUGUCCAUUCUCGACUCGCGAACCGUAUCGCGAACCGUAUCGCGAACCGUAUCGCGACUCGCGACGCGUGAAAGGGAGCUACCUCAACACUUACACGUUUAAUCUUGGUCGUUCAACGUGUUCCUCGAAACGACGCGAUGCAGCGCAUCGCGAGCAUUGCGAAAAUAAUGUCGCUGGCGAUCAGGAACACCGGUCGGAGAAGAACGGACGAUCGAUAUGCGAGCGAGAAUCUCGAAAUACGUAUCCCGAAGGAAAAGUAACGGAGAAAGGAACGCGCAGUCAUGUCAUGGGAAUCCAUUUCUUCGAGAGACUACCUUGGCGGUCCGGCUAGUCAUCAGCUGUCGGCGACCGCGUUACUGGGUAGUCCGGACGGAUCGCGGCAUCCCCUCGACGUAUGCGAAUUCACCGAGGAGGACUAUCACCAUCAGAAUUCCAACGGAAACGGGCAUUACCAAAACGGUAGAUCCGGAGCUGGUUUCUGGGAAUGCCUGGUAGGCUGCAGACGACGAUUAGACCAGCACUUGGCCCGAAGGCGGGUGGAGCAAGGCUUGAAGCUGUAUCGUGCGCACAAACAACAAGCUGCGGUCCGGAAGUGGAGGGGUGCUCUGAAGAACAUCCGACAACGCGAAGAUAAAUUCGCGCUCCUCGGUUAUUUGUAUCAAGCUUACAUGGAUUGGGGAAAAUAUAGGGACAGCAUUGAUUUUGGCCACAAACAAUUAUGCAUUUCGGAAGAGUUGGAUUCGCCGAACAUGCGGGCCGAGGCGUACUUGAACCUGGCGAGGGCUCACGAAAGGUUGGGCGCAUUGGACAGAGCGUUGGACUAUGCGAGACACAGUUUGUACAACGAAUGCGACCAAUGCGCGACCGCUGGACUGGUUCAUCUGACCGUGGGCAGAGUGCAUUUGGAGCUGGCAGGAUUUUGUAAGGCUUUGGAAGCCUUCCAGAGAGCCCACAAAAUCGCGCAUUCCAUUCAAGACCCAUCGCUGGAGCUGCAAGUGUACGUUGGUCUGUCGGAGCUUUUCUGCAGGUUGCACGAUGCCGAUAAAAGCGCGAGAUACGCGGCGCGGGCGUACGAUCUCUCGAGAAGUUUGCAGCUUGGAGAUUUGAAUUCGCGACAUCACAGAGCCGCUCUGCUUCAGAUGGCUGCGGCGCUUCGGAAGAAGGGAGAACUCGGCGACGCUCACGACUAUUGCUCGGAAGCAACGCGCCUGUCGCUCGUGUCCGGAGAUCAAGCCAGUUACGCGAGAAGUAUACGGAUCAUGGGAGAUAUUUAUAGGAAAAAGACCGACAUAAACAAAGCGUUUCGACAGUACGAGAGCGCGAUGGGCUCCGCGGCAGCUACCGGCGAUCGCCUCUGCCAAAUGGAAGCGAUGGACGGCGCGGCCAGGUGUCUCGAGGCUCUCCGACUUCAGCAUAAAAUCUGUAAUUGUCGUCCACUCGAAUUCAAUACAAGACUGCUCGAAGUCGCUGGUUCGGUCGGUGCUAAGUUCCUGGUGCGAACCGUGAGGUCGAGACUCUCGCGAAUUUACGGCUCUCUCGGGGACGAGGAACAAAAGGCUCAUCACGAAAGACUGGCCGCGGCGAUGGAGGAAGAUUUGGAGCUGCGCUGCGGAGGCUGCAACGAGCCUUUCGGCCUCGAGCCAGACUCCCUGGAAGCGCUCCCUUGCUCGCACAUACUACACGCUAGGUGCGCCUACGAAAUUUUGAAGAGACGCGAUAAGAAAAAGAAGCGUCUAUGCCCCGACUGUCACAAGUCCGUUAGUUCACGAUUGUACCUGCAUUGCGAAGAUCCUCAUGGCAUGAAUACUUUAAAUCACAGUUCCUUGAGUCUGGCGUCGUUGAGAGCGAGCAGUCUAGCUACACUGGACGAUUGUCAUGCCACGAGUAGCGUUUAAGUCCCAACUGUUUUACCUGCUCUCUUUACAUAGAGGUAAAGGGGACCUCUUUUAUGGCGGUGUAAUUCAUUCAAUCUUCGAUAUAUCUAAUCCUCCUGUAAACUGAAAACUCUCGAAAUCAUCGGUGAACCGUUGGACAUUCAAAGUCGACGAUCGAUGCUCGAUAGUCGAUGCUCGGUGGUCGGAAUUUUGGGUAUUCGAAGAUUGAAACGAGAGUUCGCAUGGCGCGUAGCGGACGCGAUGAGACGCGGCGAUGAAACGCGAGACGAGGAUACGCCGACCGUAUUGUACGCGAUCUCGUCACCGUUCGAUUCAAUUCGAUUCUCACGAGAAGCCACCAAUUAAACGCCACUAGAUUCUUAAAUCUUAAAUAUCGUUUACCGAUAUACAUUACCGAUCAAUUAGGAAACAAAAGUUGACAGAAAUCUAGCACAAUUGGAAAGGACUUAAUGGCAAUAAAC